GCUCGGUGCGUUGCUCUGAAGUAUGUUUGCUCGAAACUGGGAAAGUCGCCCAGUCCUCGCCUGUAGGUUGAACUACACCUGGGGGACAGCCUGGGAUAACCACUCCACAACAAUGCAGCGAAAGAUUUCGCCAGUGAAAACUUCGACAGAGUAAAUGCUGUUCCAGUAUUUUGUUAGAUGUAUCUUUUUAUAAUUCAGUGAGUUCACAGGGAUCUCUUUGUUUCAGCUAGCGACACGUUAGCUGCUUCCGGAAAACAACCUUCACACAGAAAAUCUAAAUGAAGACAUGGAGAUAACAUUGUCGACUCUGGAUCAUCAUCACGUUUGAAUGGAUUGUAUAUCUGGACGGGCAGACUUAUGACUGGACACGGACAGUUUUUAAGGAGAUAAGAGAAGCACAACAUUUCCAGAGAGCUUGGUACAGAUCUUCUUCCGCCAAUGGCUACAACAGAAGCUAAAGUAGCCGGCAGCAGUAGCGCUGCAGGUCUGUCAUGGGCGAGAGUGUGUAAGGAGUGCGGGCAGCAGCACGAGGGCUCGGACUGCCACCUGUAUGAGUAUCAGGACGAGGUGGACGAUGAACUGGUUUGCCACAUCUGCCUGCAGCCCCUCCUCAGACCUAUGGACACCCCUUGUGGUCACACAUACUGCUUUCACUGUCUGAGUAACUUCUUGAAGGAGCAGGACUUCUGCCCCGUGGACCGCCAGCGGCUGCAGUUACAUCAGUGCCGUCCCUCCAGUCUGCUGGUCAGGAACCUGCUGGACAAGCUGACGGUGAUGUGUCCCCACUCUGCAGAGUGUCAGCUGAAGAUGCAGCGCUGCGAGCUGCAGCCGCACCUGCACAACAGAUGUCCUGUUUUUAGAAGACUGAGGGAGGAAGCAGAGAAGAGGAAGAGGCCCUCGUGGAACGAGCUAAAAGGACGUAAGAGUGACGGGGAGUCGUCUGCUGACGCUAAACAUUCAGCAACACUUUCCCAAAACCCCACCAGAGAUCAGCCUGAGCCGGGGCUCAUAAAUCCUGCCUAUGAAGAAAGUGAGGAUGACAACACCCCGCUGCGGUCCAGUCUGGUGGCCGAGGCCAAUGUGGUGGAGCUGUUCAGAGAGGAGCCGGAGGAGGAGCUGGGCCUGCGCAUCGUGGGGGGGAAGGACACGCCGCUGGGGAACAUCGUCAUCCAGGAGAUAGUGCGAGACUCGCUGGCAGCUCGUGACGGCCGACUCGCCCCGGGGGACCACAUCCUAGAGGUGAAUGACGUCAGUCUGGCCUCAGUCCCUCACUCCCGGGCCAUCGCGGUGUUGCGGCAGCCUUCCGUCCUCCGGCUCACUGUGAUGCAGGAGAAAGGUUUCAAAACACGGGAUCCACGGUCGGAUCAUCUCCCUUCCUCUGGCCCCGCCCCCACUGCCUCCCAGCCCUCUCACAGUCCCCAUGGCAACACUAACUCCAAUCACAACCCCGGCUCCGUCCUGCAGGUGACGCUCGUGAAGAGUCAGCGCAGCGAACCGCUCGGCAUCAAACUCAUCCGCAAGUCUGACGAGAGCGGGGUCUUCAUCCUGGACCUGCUGUCCGGGGGUCUCGCAGCCAAAGACGGGAAACUGAGGAACAACGACAAAGUGCUCGCUAUCAACGGACACGACCUGAGGCACGGCACACCUGAGAGCGCUGCCCAGAUCAUACAGGCGAGUGAGGUGCGUGUGAACUUUGUGGUGAUGAGGCCUGCAGAGACUCAGGAGGAGGGGGGGGGCAGCAGAGAGGGGCACAGCCGAGCAGCCAGGAGGGUCCCGGAGCCACAGUACUUCAGACGCCGCUCCACAUACAUAAAGGAUCCUCCAGGAGGGUUUUCCAGCCAGGAGAAGACGGUGAGCAUGAAGAAGGAGCCUCGGCUUUCCCUCGGCAUCACCAUCGCCGGGGGGAGGGACUGUCGGAGCCGUCUACCCGUUUACAUCACCAGCGUGCAGCCGGUCGGCUGUCUUCACCGAGAUGGCACCAUCCAAAGAGGCGACGUUCUGCUGAGCAUUAACGGUGUGGAUCUGACCCAGCUGACCUACAACGAGGCGGUCUCUGUGCUGAAGGCUCAGACUGCUCAGUCCCAGGUGGCCCUGCGCGUCAUCCAGACCCUCUCCGAGAACCCCGACGAGGACAGUGAGGCGAACAAGGACGACAUGGACACUAUGGAAGACCCGCGAGACGACGCCCUCAACUGGACGCCGCUGUGGACUCGCUGGCUGGGAUUACCGAGUCCCAUGCACUGGUGCCGGGACAUCGUCUUGCAGAAGACCAACAACGAGAGCUGGGGCUUCAGUAUCGUCGGGGGUUACGAGGAGAGCCACGGCCAGCAGCCUUUCUUCAUCAAAACCAUCGUGCCUGGGACCCCUGCUCACUUCGACGGACGCCUCAAGUGCGGUGAUGAGAUCGUGGCGGUGAACGGCGCCACCACGGUGGGAAUGAACAACUCCUCUCUCAUCCCCAUGCUGAAGCUGCAGAAGAACAAAGUCACUCUGACGGUGGUGUCCUGGCCCGGCAGCCUGGUGUAGAAACACACACACACACACACACACACACACCUGACCAUUCACUCUUUCCUCUCCGUCAUCUCGUUAUUGUUCCACACACACACACACACGCACAGAUCCUCGCCCUGCUCAGCUGCAUUCUUGACUCACUGUCCCUUCAAUAUGUAACUCAUAGUUAUGUAAUGUGUGUGUGCUUAGGAACCAUUGUGUGUACAAAGGAGAUGACUUUCAGUAGCGAGCAGAGUCCUCUCACACCGAGCAGAUGAUUGCACAAACUAGGUUUAGGGUGAGAAAGUGAUGACAAUCAGUGAAUGAUAUGCUAAGGACAAACUGGAACUUUGAACACCUUGUUGAUCCUUACCUGAAUACUUUAUCCAUUUUGUUCCUUUCUUGUUAAAUAAUGUUAUCAUUACAUGACUUCUUUCAAAUAACAAAUGUCGUUUUUACGAUAUGAGUAGAGAGUUGUGACGACGAAUUAUAGGUAACUACACAAAACAAGAUGUCUGCUGACUGUAAAGACUCAUGCCAAAGACAGAACAAGUAUCCUGUCCUGUAGCUUUUAUAGAUUGUAUCAACCUUACUACAAUGCUCUUUCAAAUCGUGCAACAGAAUGGGGAAACCCUGAUGUAAAUGUAAGUAAAGUCAGUCAAAGUGACGUUUAGGAUUAAAUAAACAGCUGCAACUAGGAAACAGAACUUUGGUUUUAACAGGGAGGGUGUUGAAAAGCCAAAGAAAAGACCUACACUCAAUUUGGUUUGACAGCUUAUACAGAUAUACAGAGGCUCUUUAAUCCAAAUCAGUCAUCAGUCAAAUCCUACACAGUCCUAUAUGUAAACAGAACCCUGAACACACCAUUCAAUCAGAAUGACCUUAUUGGUAGGAAAUGGCUUGGGCCCAAGUUUAUUUCCUGUUCGCAGUGGAUAUUAGCAAAUUCUGAAACAGGAAAUAAACAUUCUUAUUGUUUUAAAGCUGAGAGCUGGUCUAUAGAAGCAAAUCAUUCUGUGCUGAAUGUUUGGUCUAAAUCAAGAGUUUUAGUCUAUUAAAAGACAUUCAGCAGACAUCCAUUGAGCAUUUCCCUUGCAAUGAUAUAACACUGAAUGGCAUUGAUAAGCGGGAGCCUUUUUAGACAUUGAAAGACAAACCAGAAUGUGAACCUGCCUUAAAUUCCCACUGUACAAAAAUGCGUCAUUAUUUCCUCAUUAUAAACUGUAAAUAGGAAUUUCAAAGGAGAAAACGGCCUUGUGAGAUACAUCUGUGUUACCUCGUUUCUAUUUUUAUGUCAACACAUUCCCAGUGGCCUUUCUUGUGUCUAAAUUGAGACAAGACUUAUUAAAUAUUUCAGAAUAUCGUUUCAGAAUUUGUUUUUCAAGUCAGAGUGGCUGCGAUAUAAUGAUAUAUAUGUAUAUAGAGUAGGAAAUAUAUGUAUUGGCCUGUACACAAUUUCUUUAUGUUCAAUAAAAUCAUAACAAAUCA